UUGAAAUCAGUCCGUAAUAAUUCCAACAGCGUUACAGCUUACAUGGAGCCAAAUCUCAAGGAUCGACUGGCUGAACUGCGACAGUAUCUCAAGGCGCUACCAUCCAACAUUCCCGUCCCAAAGGAAUCAAAGUAUAAUUUUUCCGACUUCAGCUUGGACGCCGAUUGGACUGCAGAAAUCGGAGAAGCUGUAGCUGUCAACCGAGAACUAGAGGUCAGGUUUGGAAGUCGUGCCGGUGGCCUGAAAAUCGUGGAGCGAGGGCCAGAGACAGAAGCUGUUGUGGAUGUUCUCGAAACUUGGAUCAAAAAAUAUCCAGGCGACAUUCUCUUAGAGAAGUGGGUCUAUGACACUCUCGAAGCUGCGCGAGGUCUCAUUCUUGCAGCCAGCAACACUUUGCCGGUCUUCGACGUGGAAAUAGAUUCUACGAAGCACAAGCCAGUCAAUGUCAAUAAUCAUCAACCCGAGAAAAGAAAGAAGGUUCAGAAACUCGAUACACAUGUCCUGUCAACCUUCGAUGAUGACCGGUACCUUGAUGCUGAUGAAGACGAGGAUGCUCGCAAAGGUGGUGCUAAGAUGCACCCACUACUUCGCAAGAUUUCGAAGCCUUGUCGUCUGGCAAGCGAUCCUACUGGUACCAAAAUUGUGCGGUGCAUUGCUAGCCAUGGGUGUAAUGUGACAUGGGCAUGGCCAAGAGCUCGACAACGUAUAAUGAAGCACGCUGCCCAUGAGUGUCCAAGCAUGGCAAAAGAGUGGCGGAAAGAAGCAAGAGAGUAUAUGGCGUCCCAGGCAACAGGAGGGAAAGCAAAGGUCGCAGAAGAAGCAUUGGACUCGGAUUCUAAAGAACAUGUUCUUGCGUCGGAGGUAACAGAACGGCCAAUGAAGAAAGCGAGAAUGGAGUUGCAGGCUGCAUCAAGUUCAAAAUCAGUCGUGCCAUUCAAUAAGGCAUAUGUUAUGGAAGGAACAAAGCAGUUGAAGAUGAAUGGGGAUCACGCACUGAUGCUAUUCGUUACGUGCAUUGGAGUUCCGCGCGGUUCAAACAGAUGAUCAACGAUGCACCCGGUCGUUCCACCACCUGUCCGACCACCUAUGAAAAGAGAUAUCGCAAUAAACGACUCGGAUGACGAGACCAGUGAGGGACAGUGGCCUUAUGAUGGUGAUGACGU